UUGUGAGUAACACGCUUCAAUUCGUCGUUUACUAUACAAGAUUACUUUGUUUCAAUCCUGCAACCCAGUUUCCUUAGCAACAUUUACAACCAACAGGUCCAACAAAGGUUAAUUAUUGCGCAAGCUUUCAUUCGCCAUUAACAAUGGCGGCAUCAACCUCAUCAGCAGCAACGACAAACCUAAUGCUAGCAAUCAAUGAGAAGAAAACCAACUCCCUUGAUCUAUACCGUCCUCUACGAAAUUACAUAGCUUUGCAUUACUCAGAACGCGAAGCACGAAACCUUGAAGACGAUCUUGAAACCGUCAAUCAAUUACGAUCUGAUGUUGAAAAAUCUUCCGAUUCGCCACCUGCUAGACGCGAUCUUUUAAUCAAGUACUUUAAAUGUCUUUGUUUGAUGGAAACUCGAUUCCCGAUUUCUCCGGAUAAGGAUCACAUCAACGCAUUACAGUUUGUUUGGUUUGAUGCUUUUAAACCUAAGAAUAAGUCUUCUCAGGUGAAUCUUUACUUGGAGAAGGCUGCUGUUUUGUUCAAUUUGGGUGCGGUUUAUAGUCAGAUUGGGUUGUCUUUCGAUCGGACUUCGGUGGAGGGAAGGAAGCAGGCGGUACACAAUUUUGUGACUGCCGCAGGGGUUUUUGCGUAUUUGAGGGAUAAUGUUUCGGUGAAAGCUGCAGCUGGUGGGUCUGCUACUGUGGAUGUGUCGGUGGAGUGUGCGGGGAUGUUAGAGAGGUUGAUGGUGGCUCAGGCACAGGAGUGUGUUUUUGAGACAAGCAUUUCUAAAGGAAGUACUCCUGGUGUUUGCUCCAAGAUUUCCCGUCAGGUUGGAAUAUUCUAUGAGGAAGCUUUAGCGGCACUUAAUGUUCCUCCCCUUAGUCAACAUUUUGACAGAACUUGGAUAGCUCAUGUGCAGUUGAAGUCAUCUCUUUUCUUCGCUGAGGCUUGCUAUAGGUACAGUUUAGAGCUCCAUGAGAAAGAGGAAAUAGCUGAAGAAAUUGCUAGACUAAAGGCUGGGGUUAGUGCUUUAUCUGAUGUUAAGAGAACCAGAGGAGCUCCUGCCCAGCUCCUAGACGCUGUUUGUAAGCUGGAAGCAAAUCUAAACCACAAUUUGGAGAGGGCAAUGAAGGAGAAUGAUAGAGUAUACUUGCAAAGAGUUCCACCAGCAACUUCAUUGGCUCCACUUCCUGCAUUUUCCAUGGUGAAACCCAUGCUUCUUGAUGAAAUAGUGGAUGCCAGCAAAGAGAAGAUGUUCAUGUCGCUUGUUCCAGACAGCAGUACAAAAGCACUUUCCAGAUACACUGAGAUGUUAGACGAUGUUAUCAGAACACAAGCCGAGAAACUCCAGCAGGGAAGUGAGCUAGCUAGAGUGAGGCUUAAGGAAAUGGACUUGCCUGAUUCUCUUCUAGCAUUGGAAGGGAAUGCAACCCUUCCCGAAAUUCUUAAAGAAGAUGUGGAAGCAGUGCAGAUUAGUGGUGGCCCAGCUGGACUGGAAGCUGAGUUGCAGCAGCUCAGAGAUCUGAGGAGGGUGAAUCAUGAAUUGUUGGUGCAGACAGAAGAACUUUUACAGAAAGAAGCUCAAGAGGAUUCUCACUUUAGAAGCCAAUUCGGCACACGAUGGACUAGACCUCAAUCCAGUACACUUACAAAGAACCUGUUAGAUAGACUGAACAGAUUUGCUGCAAACUUAAAGCAAGCUGGAGAAAGUGACGCUAGAAUUGAGCGUUCUGUUAGAGACCAUUCUACUCUCAUGUCUAUACUUGAUCGUCAUCCUAUUGAGACUGCACUUCCAACACUAGCGAAACCAAUUAUGUCUUUGGAUGCUAAUGAAGAUGCAAUAGUUGGAGCUUUGAAGCAAAGUCUGAGGCAUUUAGAGACUCUUGGAGCAGAGCGGGCAGGCCUUGAAGACAUGCUAAAAGAAAUGAAAAGAAAGGAUGACAUACUUCCCAAACUGAUGACAUCUACUGGAUCUUAUGAGGAUCUUUUCAAGAAGGAAUUAGCAAAAUAUGAUCAUAUCUGUGAGGAGAUUUCUCGAAAUAUCCAGGCACAAGAGCAGCUAUUAAUGCAAAUCCAGGCUCAAAAUGAUCAGUUUGCAGCUAUCUUUAAUCUUGAAGAUUUCAAGGCUUCACGUGAGAAGUGCUUUAAGCAGAUUGAAGCAGCAAUAGCAAAGUAUCGUGAGAUUAAAGAAAACAUAAACGAGGGACUCAAGUUCUAUGUAACCCUUCAGGAUGCAAUUACAAAUGUUAAGCAACAAUGUAGUGAUUUUGUAAUGACAAGAAAUAUCCAGUGCCAUGAAAUGAUAGAAGAUGUACAGAGACAAGUAUCAGGGCUUAGUUUACAGGGAAACUCGAGUAAUCAAAACUACCCAUAUGUAAGGGAACCCCAUCAGCCUCCAAGAACAAUGUCUCCGCAACAAACCGAUAAUGGAAACAUUUCCCAACCUUCUAGGCCUCUUGCACCUGCACCCUAUUAUCAGCCACCCCUACAGCAAACCGAGAAUGCAAAUGUUCCCCUAGCUUCUAGGCCUCAAGCUCCCGCACCUUAUUAUCAGCCACAAAAUCCCUCAACGCCUGGAUAUGCUCCACCUUAUGGUGCCUCACAAGGCCCCUCUCAGCAACCACAUCCUCCACCUUAUCAUGCUCCACCAUCAAGUAGUUCUCCAUAUCAAUCCCAACAACCACACCAGCAGCCACCCGCCAAUUAUGAAUAUGGGCAGCCUGCUUAUCCCGGAUGGCGAGGUCCAUAUUACAAUGCACAUAGCCAACAACCUUCAUCCUUCCCUCGACCGCCAUACACUGUUCCUGGUCCCUAUCCUCCUCAGCAAAGUGGACACUACAGACCACAAUGAUGUCACCAAAAUGAAGCAAGCAAUGUCAAUAAAUAAAAGCAUUUUCUCACUUCGAAACUCCAUCAGUGUCUAUGGUUAAUCUACCCUCUUUAGGAAUAAUUGCAAGUCUUCUAUUACAAGAUACGCCCCCCAUACUUAUGGAGGGUCCUAUAGUUGAGAGAAGAGAGAUCAAUUUCCUUACAAGAAUACAAAUUGGCAUUGUUAUUGCAAUCAUAUUGAUGAUUAUCUCAGCUUUAGUGAAGAUUGAAACCGUGUUUUUGGCUAGCACCUCGAGAUAUCAUGGUUGGUGUAGGUUUGCAGAUGUGUUUCUAUAAACAAGUUCUGGACUCAAUGAGAUGCUUAUUUACAUUGGUAUUAUCGGUGUCGGGCGCUUGUUGAUUACUGUUGUGAACUUUGUGACAGGCAAGGAUGAGAACAAUAGUCGACUCGAUUAUUAUGACGAGAACAAUGUUUUGUAUUGAUUUUGUGCGCUUUUAUGUUUUUAACCGAAAUUUAUUUGUAUAUAAAUGUCCAGAUCAGAACUGAGAAAAGUGUGUUGGUAAAUAAUGUUUCAGCUGCUGGGGAGAAAUUAAUGUACGGUAAACCUCAAACAUCUAGAUUUAAGUAAUUGUAAUGUUAUUUUUUGAAGUAUUUGAUGCAAGAUUUUCUAUGUGAUUAUAUUUCCAUGAACUUUUAAUUAUUUUAUAUAAUAAUUUUAUUACCUUA